GCGCGCCGGCGAUGGCUGCAGCGGAGGCGGCUGGGGGCCGCGGGGAGCUGGGGGCGCCGGGGGUGCGGGGGGCGCCGGGCCGCCGCGCGCUCUACUUCUGCGGGAGCAUCCGGGGCGGCCGCGAGGACCGGGCGCUGUACGCGCGGAUCGUGGCGCGGCUGCGGCGCUUCGGGGCGGUGCUCACCGAGCACGUGGCGGCCGCCGAGCUGGGCGCGCGCGGGGAGGAGGCUGUAGAGGGUGACAGGCUCAUCCAUGAGCGGGACCUGACCUGGCUGCAGCAGGCAGAUGUGGUGGUGGCAGAGGUGACCCAGCCCUCCCUGGGUGUGGGCUACGAGCUGGGCCGAGCCGUGGCCCUCAACAAGCAAAUCCUAUGCCUGUUCCGCCCUCAGUCUGGCCGAGUGCUUUCAGCCAUGAUUCGGGGCGCGGUGGAUGACACUCGCUUCCAGGUGUGGGACUAUGAGGAGGGCGAGGUGGAGGCCACCCUGGACCGGUACUUCGAGGCCCACCCUCCUGAGCAGGCGGCGGCCACCCCGGACUCAACUGCUUGACGUCAUACUGUGUUAGAUGCUUCUUGGCCCCAGCUCCCCAUUAAGAGGCUGUGGCAAACAGUACAGUGGGUCGGGCACUUAUCUUGGCAUGUACCUGGUCUGGGUUUGACCCCUGGCAUCCACAUGGUCCCCCGAGCCCUGCCAGGAGUGUGCCCUGAGCACCAAAAGCAGCCCAAAAGCAACAACAAGAAUUAAAGGUGUGUUUCUAGUUCUCAUUUGCUCUCUGAGCGUGAAUAAGGGGCAGACACCCCUCAACAUCCCUUCUGUCUGCACCUCUGCUCCUUCUUGAGAUGCAGGGAUCUGCGGAGUGUGAAGGAAGGCAGCUGGCUGGCCAUUCUUGUUUCCUCUGCAGCCAGGCAGCCUCGCAGGGCCCCUUCCCUGAUCAGCUCAGGCCCACCGCCCCGCUUCAGGCCUUCCACGGGGAUGCGGGGCUGCAGCUCCAUGUGCGUGGCAUGUAUGACACCCUGGAUUUGAUCCCCACGGGAGACAAACCCGCACAGACCCCAAGUACCAUCCCCAGCACCUAGGGGCAGGUCAACAGGAGUGAGCCCUGUUCAAGGGAUUAAGGCAUGACUGAGCACCACCAGUGGUGAUCCCUGAAUACAGAGCCAGGAGUAAGCCCUGAGCGCGGCGGGUGUGGUGCCCCCACAGAAAAAAAGAAAAAAGAAAGGAAAGGAAAAAUAAAUCCACUAAGAGUAAAGCAACAGUGGGUGGGAGACAGGCUGGGCAGGGGCUCACUGCUGGCAGUGUGGUACCGGCAUACU